CCCGCCAACCAGUGCGUGCGCACGGCCCCCACCGCCGCCUUCAACGCCGACAUCGUCAGCUGCCCCAAAGCCAACACCUGGGGCCUCACUUAUGACGACGGCCCAACCUCCAACAUCGUCAACGGCGUGCACAACCCCGACACCGCCGCCAUCCGCACCGCCCUCGACGACCUGAACGUCAAAGCCACCUUCUUCGUCUGCGGAACAGGCGUCAGAAGCCUCCCCGCUCAAGUCGUCAACUCCUUCAAGGCUGGCCACCAGAUUGCCGUGCACACAUGGACCCACCACCCUCUCACAUCCCUCACCAACGCGCAGAUCGUCGCAGAGAUCAAGUACACCGAGGCCGCCAUCUACGAGGUCAUCGGCGUCGUGCCCACCCAUUUCCGACCCCCGUACGGCGACAUCGACGACCGUGUCCGCGCCAUCGCCUCGGCCCUCGGAUACAAAACAGUCAUCUGGGGCGUCGACUCCCUGGACGCCGACGUGGCCGCCACCCCCGCCAACGCCGCGACCGUGCAAGCGCGCAUCGAAUCGUGGUUCAAGGCCGGCCCCGGGUUCAUCUCCCUUGAACACGACAUCUCCACAUUCACGUCGGGAAUCGCCGUCAACGCGCUUGCGGAGGUCAAGAAACAGGUUGCGGCCGGCACGUUCCCGUUGACGAUCAACUCGGUCGCACAGUGUGUGGGUGAGAGCGGGUACUGGAAUGCGAACGUUUCUGCGGCGGGGACUUCGGCGUCCAUCGCUUCGGCGACCUCGACUACCACCUCCACUACCACUACCUCCACUACCACCUCGACCGCCACAACCACCACCACCACCUCCUCCUCUACCACCACCACCUCCACAUCUACGACUUCC